CGGUCGGAGAACGGACAAGAAAAUUCCACCCGCUGUCACAGUACACUGAAUCUCAAUAUAGAAAAUAAUGCACCCUCACAUUAUAUGCAGAAUCGGCUAGCCUGGCCUUCCACAGCCUUGGGAGAACAAGUCAGCAUCAGACAUGAGGAUCAUUCAAAUCCUGUAAAACGACUCCUCUUUGAGCGUGAUAGGCGGUAGGGAUGGUUAAUCUGAGCCAUCCGAUGUCUGAUCGGAUGGCCUGGAUUCUGACGAUCCAGAACUUAAGAAGAUUCAUCCACAUGGCUGACCCCAGGAGUCCAUGACUGACGUAAGAGCAUGCGUCACUAGCAAAGAGGUGACCAAUUUGAUACGCUGUUGCAUCGACGGCUCGUCAUAGGAAGAAUUAUAUGCAGAAUCGGCUGGCCUGGCCUUCCACAGCCUUCGGAGUUAAGUGAUGUGCAUAUACAACAAGUCAGCAUCAGACAUGAGGAUCAUUCAAAUCCUGUAAAACGACUCCUCUUUGAGUGUGAUAGGUGGUAGGGAUGGUUAAUCUGAGCCAUCCGAUGUCUGAUUGGAUGGCCUGGAUUCUGACGAUCCAGAACUUAAGAAGAUUCAUCCACAUGGCUGACCCCAGGAGUUCAUGACUGACGUAAGAGCAUGCGUCACUAGCAAGAGGUGACCAAUUUGAUACGCUGUUGCAUCGACGGCUCGUCAUAGGAAGAUAUAGCACCAGGUGCUAUAUAUAAACACUAGUUGCCGUUGCAACCAUCAUCAGAUUGUGUCCAACACAUCGUGCUAUCUUGCCGGUGUCACUGUCCUCCCAGUUCAACUGACUCCACCACCAGUACUUUCACGACAAUAGCCGAUCAGCCAUGACUUUCACCGGCAGCACCGAUGGCCAGAGCGGCUCUGCAAGGGCCCACUUCGUGCUGGUACCGAUGCUAGCGCAGGGGCACACAAUCCCCAUGACCGAUAUGGCGCGCCUGCUGGCAGAGCACGGCGCGCAGGUUAGCUUCAUCACCACGCCAGUGAAUGCCUCCAGGUUGGCAGGCUUUGCAGCCGAUGUGGAGGCAGCGGGCCUGACAGUUCGGCUCGUGGAGCUCCACUUCCCGAGCGCCGAGUUCGGCCUACCGGACGGGUUCGAGAACCUAGACAUGAUCCAAUCCACGGAUCUGCUCUCCAAUUUCAUGGAUGCCAUCGCUGCGCUUCAGGAACCGCUCAAGGCAUACCUCCGUGAGCAGCAGCGCUCGCCUCCAAGCUGCAUCAUAUCUGACCUGAUUCACUGGUGGACUGGUGACAUCGCAAGGGAGCUCGGUAUCCCGAGGCUGACCUUUAGUGGCUUCUGUGGCUUCUCGUCCCUCAUCAGGUACAUCACUUUUCACAACAAUGUAUUUGAAAAUGUCAAAGAUGAAAAUGACCUCAUCACGAUCACAGGGUUCCCUACACCACUACAGCUGACAAAGGCUAAAUGCCCUGGAAAUUUUUCCAUUCCUUGUAUGAAGAAAAUCUGCAAGAAGUUCCUUGAAGAGGAGCUGAAAAGUGAUGGUGAGGUCAUUAACAGCUUCCAGGAGCUGGAGACAUUGUACAUUGAAUCCUUUGAGCAGACGACAAAGAAGAAGGUCUGGGCGGUCGGACCAAUGUGCCUUUGCCACCGACACAAUAACACUAUGGCCGCAAGAGGAAACAAGGCGUCAAUGGAUGAGGCACAGUACCUGCAAUGGCUUGAUUCAGUGAAGCCAGGCUCAGUGGUCUUUGUCAGCUUUGGCAGCCUCGCUUGCACUACACCUCAACAGCUUGUUGAGCUAGGACUGGGACUUGAAGCCUCCAGGAAACCGUUUAUUUGGGUGAUCAAAGCAGGAGCUAAGCUUCCAGAAGUUGAGGAAUGGCUCGCAGACGGGUUCGAGGAGCGUGUAAAAAAUAGAGGCAUGGUCAUAAGGGGUUGGGCACCACAGCUCAUGAUCCUGAGGCACCAAGCCGUUGGAGGAUUCGUGACGCACUGUGGGUGGAACUCAACAAUAGAGGGCAUCUGUGCAGGUGUGCCCAUGAUCACAUGGCCACACUUUGGGGAGCAGUUUUGGAAUGAGAAGCUGGUGGUGGAUGUGCUGAAAAUCGGGGUGGAGGUUGGCGUGAAAGGAGUUACACAGUGGGGAAGUGAAAAACAAGAGGUUAUGGUUACACGAGAUGCCGUGGAGACGGCAGUGAACACCCUGAUGGACGAGGGGGCGGCUGCAGAAGAGACGAGGGUGAGAGCAAAAGACUGCGCCAUUAAGGCAAGGAAGGCUUUUCAUGAGGGAGGUUCUUCAUAUGACAACAUAAGGCUAUUAAUUGAAGAAAUGGGAAACAGGAUGAAUGCAGGUGGUUGACACAGAUGGUAGUAAGCUCUCUUUUUCGGUGUAAACAUAAAAUAAAAGAGCCUAUAGUACAAAUAACUUGUCAUUAGAAAGAGCCUAUAUGCCAUUGGAAAUAAUUUUAUUUUAUAAAUAACCCGCUGCUUGUAUCAGGCUCACUGGUGUGACCGUGAUUGUUUAGAGAUUAAACAGGGUCCAAAUGACAGCAAUAUCAAUUGUCUACGCCAUUGUGCAGAUUUAAUGACAGUCAAGAUAAUGAUUACAGUCUUCUUCUGCAGAUGUUAUGCUCUCCUUAUCAUUUUGCUAGCACUUGUUUAUCUGAGUUAAAUAAGGGUCGGAAAGGAGAAAAAAAUGAAAUAAACUGUAUGCACAUUAUCAAACUGACACUAAAAGUAAGAGAAGAUUCGAGGUGAAUAAUUCAAAGGAAGAGAAGGAAAUGGAA